GGAAGAAGGCAAAAAGUCACAGAAGGACAGCAUUUGAGAUUCCUUGUGGUUGCUCAAUCGAUAAAGCACGAGAGGGACGGCAAGGUGCACCCCUCUCUGUUCUCUCAUCGCUCAGUUACGGCAACCAGAUCCAUCACAUCAGGUGCAGAAGGCCGCCAUCCCUCCAUGAGUCAAGCCGUUCACCUUGCAACCCUCUGUUUGUUUGCUGCAGACAGGCAAUCCUGCUCAUCCAAGAUCAACCUUGGACCAACAAGCACAGGUCCGCUGAGAGGGGGUGGUUAAGCUAUCCUCGCUCGCUUCGUCGAUUGUCAGCUGAUUGCUGCCUGCCCUGCCCCUGGGGUCGUUGAUCACCAUAGCGGGUCAAGUGAGUCCUGGGUUGCUCAGUCGAGUGCCCAAAGGGAGCAACAAUGAGGAGCCCGAGGCGGCCACCCCACCGUCCAAGGCAAUGAUGAGGAGAAAGAACAACAUCAACCUCUCCACGCCCCUACCCCUCGACAAUGACGACGCCUACUGGGCUGCCUCCUCAUGGCCCAACACCUCGGGCAUCAGAGGCCCUGUCCUGCAGUAUGCAGGCGUGGCCUUUCUCAUCUUAGCGGUGUUCCUGCUCCUCAACUACACGGUCAUGCCGCUCGAUGGGCUCGGCUUCGGUCUCACCAAUCCGCCUGCAGAAGCGCCAGCGCCGCCGGCACUGAGCAGCCAGCCCAAGGCAGUCGAGCUGAAUGAGAUGUCCGCAUCGUCAUCCUUCAUGGCAUCUGUUGACACCAAUGCUGACGCAGCAGCUGCUGCUGCUACGGCGGUGGACGACAAACAAGACACAGCAAGUGAGGCUUCCUCCUCGUCCACUUCGGAAGGCGCGGCGUCAUCCGAAGUGGACAGCGACUGGGGCAUCAACGCGGACGAGUCAGCGGCGACCGACAACCUCGAUGCGGUGGACAACGAGGAGCCCGAGGCGUUCUCGGAGAGUGACGCCUUUCUGCAGGAUGAAGAGGAAGAGCCCGAGCCCAUCGAGGUCAACGCUGGCGAGUGGAAGCCGGGCUUCUCGGACGAGCUGCACAUCGAGGGUGAGGAGCUGUGGAUGCAAAAGGGGGGCGGCCGGGCCAGCGUCUGGGGCCUGCCGCCAAAGGACAUGCGGGACGGCUCAGACCCACUCGACCCACUCAUUCCCCUUUGUGGAGGUACUGUACGCCGUCGGCCGAAACACCUACACAAAACAAAUCAUGAGGGGCCGGUCGCACCAGCCGACGACGUCUCCCUGUCUGUGUGUGUAUGCAGGUGGGUCGCCCUUGGAGGGUGACGGCCACGCAGAGGACCCCAUAGCGGUCCGCGUGGUCUUCGACGAGGAGAGGCCCGGCAGCUAUGCCAUCAAGGUCGAGAGGAGGAGCGACAGCGACAGCGAAGGCACUCAGUCGACAUGGCUACAGUCCACCAACCACGCGUUCGUCUACCAGCAAGGCAAGCGCGUGACGGCGGCCAGCCAGCGGCUGCGGCUGCGUGAGGUGCAGCAGGAGACCAUACAUGGCGUCAAGAAGCGCACCUUCGCGUGGGCUGUGGAGCGUAAGGGCGGCAAUGCGGCAGUGCCCUUCGAGACGACCAUCUACCAAGUGGGCGAGUCGUGCUUGGUGUUCGAGCAGAACUUCCCUGAAGGCCUCGACAAUAUCGCCGUGGGGCGGUCGGCAGCGAGGAAGGACGGCGUGUCUGCGGGCUUCCCCGUGUUCGAUCUCCCCACCGAUGAUGACGCCGAGCGUUUGCUGGGCUUCGCGGCGCUCUACGGCAAGUUUGGUUCUGAGGGCAAGUACGGCAAUUUCACUCGUCUGGGUGCGCAGGAAGGGCACAUCCCCACGGGCAUCCAGGGGGGGCUGCCGCUGAUCCUCUUCGACCGGUCGCUGGAGGUCAGCUCUGUCGUCAGCCCUCUCAGCCGCUUCACCGUUGCCAACGCUGCACUCAGCAAGGAGAGAACUGAGUAUCACCUGGGCGUCCUGGGCAGUGCCGACAGCAUCCCCGCGGGCUUCCAGUUCCGCUCCAUAGCCGUCUUCUCCGCUCGCGGCAUCGCCCAUGCGACACGGAAGUGGGGUCGCAUCCUGCAGACGCUCUACCAGAAGACGCCCGUCAGCGACGUGAGCGUGUCGCACCUGUCCUACUGGACGGACAACGGAGCCUACUACUACUACCGCACGGAGCCAAACCAGACAUACCCCGAGACCCUCGAGAGCAUUGCGCUACACUUCCACAAGGACCUGCGGCUGCCCAUCCGGAGCAUGCAGGUCGACAGCUGGUGGUACCCACAGGGCGCCAUGUACGGCCAGACAAGGGGCGUCAAGGUGUGGGCACCCCGGAGGGACCUCUUCCCGAGGGGACUGGCGCCCAUCCAUCGCAAGCUCAAGAUGCCCAUACUCGGUCAGUCAGUCAGUGAGCUGCAGAACAGACAGAACACGUGGAUUGGAUGCAUAUCAUCUGUCGGUCGGCAUUUAUGUUAUGCACGCUCUCUGUUUCUUCCCUGUGUGUCAUGGUGUUGGUCAUCCCAUCCAGCCCACAGUCGCUUUUUCGCCGAGGACAAUCUGCACGCGCGGCAGAACGGCGGUCUGUACGAUUUCCUUAUCCAAAACCACAUGACGAUGCCAAUGGAGGCGCGAUUCUGGGACUCGCUCUUCAGAAACAGGUCGGUGGGUGGGUGGGGACACUCACGCAGCGCAGUGCUUGCAGGGAAGGAUGCACCAGCCCGAUUCAUCUAUCUAUCUGUCUGUCUGCAUGUGUGUGUCAUGGCAUGGUGGUGGUUGUUGGUUGUAUGUAUGUUGCGGCUGCGGUGCGUGCAGCACUCGCUGGGGUCUGUACAUGUACGAGCAGGACUGGAUGUGGUCUCACACCAAUGGGCUGCCCAGCAUGACCUCCAACGUCACACUGGCAGAGAAGUGGCUUGACGACAUGGCCAAGUGAGUUGACUGACCACUCAAUCAACACAGCUAGCUAUAGCAAAUGGGUGGAUGGAUGGAUGGAUACAUGCAUGCCGUACCCUUGGCUCGCUUUUCGUUCGUGUCCAUCCCUCCGUCUAUCAGGGGCGCCGAGAAGUGGGGUGUUCGUGUGCAGUACUGCAUGCCUUACAGCCGGCACAUCAUGCAGUCGGUCAAGUACGACGCCGUCACGAGCAUCCGCGGGUCCACCGACUACCGCCCCACCAAGCAGCAGUGGGACAUCGGCCUCACUGCACCCAUCAUACACGCACUCGGCGCGGCACCCUUCAAGGACACCUUCUGGACCUCCAUGACCCCCACAGACCGCUACAAAGGAGCCAUAGAGCGGUACCCCGGCUGGCAGGGUCUCGUGUCGACUUUGAGCAUGGGUCCGGUGGGGCCCGGCGACCGGCUGAGCGACGUGGACUUCAAGAGCCUGUUCAAGUGCUGCAGGAAGGACGGCAAGAUCCUCAAGCCCUCCAGGGCACUAGGCUACGUCGACGCUCUCUACGCCGAGAGGGCCUUCCAGGGCGUCCGCAACCGAUACGCAUUCCAGACACUCUCACAGGUACCUACGUGACGUGGGGCAGACAGACAGACAGACAGACAGACAGACAUCGGCAGCACCAUUACUUCGGCGGGUGUGUGUGUGUGUGUGUGCGAUUAGGUGGGUGACUUGGUGUUCCGCAUCUUUACCGGCUUUCGUCUUCGCGAGCCGUUUGAUGUGGGCCCUCUGCGUGACGCCGACGACCUGCGGCAGAGCCAACAGUGGCUGAUAUGGAACCCACAUGAACACAAAGAGGUAGGUAGACAGACCAGGCAACGCAAUGCAAUGCAAUGCAAUGAAUGCAGCAGACACCCCCACACACAUGUGUUGUGUUGUGUUGACGUGUGUGUGGGUGCAGUGGUCAUUAUGGACGCCUGAGAGCUCUCUGGUGCUGCCUAAGCACAACAACUACCGUCUCUUGUACGCCUCUCCCGUGUGGGAGCUCAAGGCAGGCGUGCCGUCGACGCCGCUGAUCGCUUUGGGCGGUGAGCUGCACAAGUGGACUCCCGUCUCGCCACAACGAUUCAUCGACAUACGCGUCAUGCAACGCAAUCCAGACGGUACGACGGGCGGGGAAUAUGGUAGGGGGGGGAAUGUGGGCCACACGCACUCAUAAUCGACACACGGACACUCGACAUGACACAUCUGUUUGUCCCUCCGUGUGUGUGUGUGUAGGUGGUGACGGUCAGGUGACUCUGCUGCUUGAGGGCGUUGCGGGUGAGGUGGUGGAGCUGCGGUACUUCGAGUCGUUUGACGGCGGCCAGACCUUCACACCCAUGACCAAAUCCAUCACAUUCAGGGAGCCGCCACCACUCGAGAAUGAGGGAGGAGGGGAGGACCAGCAGGAGCAGCAGCAGGACGGCAGCGACGCCAGCCAGCCGGGUGGAGGGGCCAGCCAACCGUCAUCGUCAGAGCAAGGAGAUGAGGAUGAGGAGCUGGUCAAGACGGAUGUGCGCCGUCAGAUGCUGGCCGACGAACCCAUGGAGCGGGUGGUGGAGAAGGUGCGCGUGCUGGGUGGGCCACCCAUGGUCGUGGUGCGCAAGCUCGUCACCCUUCCGGACCCCUCUAGUAUGCCUGUCGUCUGACUGACGGAUGGAUCACUGAGUGUGGUGCACUUUUUCGUCAGCCAGCCCAGCCGCCCGAGCACUAUUGAGUGCUUCCAUCCCAUCCUCCUUCCAUGUGUGACGUUUGAUUAACUAAGGGCGGGCACAGAGAGGAUAGGACGGACGGACAGAGAGCAGCUGUGGUGUGGUGUGGUGUGGCGUGGGGCUGUAAGUAAGGCGUGGCGACAUGGCGCACAUACAUGGCCUGCAGGGGCGGUGUCAUACGUGUCAUUGAGUUGACCGACACACGGGCUCUGUUGGUUGAUCCAGAGGAACCCGGAGACCCGUCAGUCGGUCGAUGGAGCUUCGAGCCAUUGCCAUUUUCUUCCUACCUACGUCCAUCCAUCCCCCCAUCGAUUCAUGCCAGCCACGCCACCAUCGAAUCGAUCGAUCGCAGUAUUGUCCUUUGGUGUCAGUCAAGGUGCGCGUUUUUGUUUGUGUACAGAGAUGGCGAGAAGGGCUUCUCGCUUUAGAGUUUUGGCUCGCUCAUGCGGGGUGCGGUGGGUGCGUACGAAGGAAGGAAUACUUACUGACACGUGCGUUGUACGGUACGGUAAUUCAGCCAGACAGGGCCGAAUACAUGUCACUGUGUGUGUGUCUUUGUGAGUGUGGUGUGAUUAGUGAAUGUGAUGGCUUUGUGUGUGUGUGUGUGUGGUGCAGACAAGACUCGUACAUGGACGGGACUCAUGAGUUGCAUGGUACGAGCGUGAGUGACCUAUUAUACUGACUAUAACUGGUCCAUUCAUGCAUGC